UCUGACUGAACAUCUAUUAGGAUGAGCACCUACAACCCUCCCAUACUCGAGCAGCUGGCACUGGAGGCGCUGCUGAGGAAUGAUGCCAUAGACUUCUUUGAUCUGGAAAACCUGCCCACUAUGCUCUUCCCACCACUCUUCAUAGAGGCAUUCAAAAGCAGACGCACAGAGAUAUUGAAGGCAAUGGUGGCAUCCUGGCCCUUUUUCUACCUCCCUGUAGGACCAUUACUGAAAACUGCUGAUGUGGAGAUGAUGCAAGUUGUGCUGGAUGGCAUAGAUAUACUGAUGAACCAGAAUGUUUGUCCUAGGAGGAAGCUACAAGUGUUGGACUUGAGGAGAGAUGUGCAUCAGGAUUUCUGGAAUGCAUGGGCUGGAAGAGAAGAUGGAAUGUGCUCACCAGAUAUUUUGACAAAGAAGCAAGGCCCAGAGAGUCUUCCUACUUAUGCACUGACUCAUAGAUUGCAGGUGGUCACUAACCUGAUCCUCUUUCGCUCUUUGGAAGAAGACCAAAAAUGCUUACUCCAGUGGGCUCAGAAGAGCAGUGACUCUCUGCAGCUAGUCUGUCUGAAGAUGAAGAUUUUUUGCUCCCCCCUGGAGAUUAUCAAGGAGGUCUUGAACAUUUUCCAGCCAAUCUAUAUUGAGGAAUUGGAAAUACACAUACCCGAGGUCCUGUCUUUCCUAGGAUUCUUCACACAUUUCCUUGGCCAGAUGAGAAAUAUUACCAAAUUCAAUCUACAUCAAAUCCUCUUCCAAUAUAAUAACCCCCUGGAUGUUUACAGGGAAAAUACCAAGGACAUGAUAGAUUUAAAGAAGUGUUCUGCAAUUUUUUUUUCUCAGUUCUCCAAACUAAAACAUCUCCAGAGUCUCUAUUUGAAUGGUGCCCACGUUUCCUAUGACAACAUGAAAGUUUUGUACAGAUGCCUGAGGACCCCCUUGCAGUCCUUGUCUAUAUCUUUCUGCCAACUCUCAACUUCAGACCUGAAACACAUGACAAAGUGUCAGAGCCUCUAUCAACUGAAAAAACUGCACUUCAAUAAUGUAGUAUUUUCCAAGUCAGGUUCCAAGAUUCUCAAAAUACUCCUAGAGUAUGUAUCUGAAACUCUGAAGAAUCUACAGUUUGAGCAUUGCAGAAUGAAGGACUCUCAGCUCAAAGACCUCUUGCCAGCCCUGAGCCAGUGCUCACAGCUCAACUUUAUCAAUUUCUACUAUAACGACUUCUCCUUUGAUGUACUGAUAGACCUUUUGCAAUGCACGGCCAAUCUAAGCAACUUGACUGUAGAGGUGUACUCUGCUCCAAAUGAGUGCUAUGAUCCCCUGGGUAAUGUUUCAAUGGACAGAUUUUCUGAACUGUGUUCUGAGCUGGUAGAAAUACUCCUGCCCAAAAGGCUGCCCAAGGAAAUCAUGUUUGCUACACCCACCUGCCCUCAUUGUUGGGGGUGCUGUAUCUAUGUCUUACAGGACAAGAUCGAGGGUACCAAUGCUUGCCGUUGUUGGGAGUUAAUAGAAGAUUGA